AUGUCACCUUGUAUUGCUGUGCAAGAUUUACCGCUGCCGAAACAGAUUCAGUCAAAUUUGCAGUGUACCGAGGAAUCCUCACCAUCUAGAUCCAGUGAAGAGAUGAAGCGUGUCUUGAGUGAUUUGAACCUUGGCGAUCUUGACGUGGAAUCAUGUGAAGUUUCAACUCACUGGAAAGAUAAGCUGUUGCAAAUUAUUGAGAAGUAUGACUCAGUUUUCUCAAGAGACAAAAUGGACUGCGGAGAGGCUAAAGGCUUUGUCCAUCGUAUUAACCUCACUGAUGACAGACCCUUCCGUUUUCCAUACAGGCGUAUACCACCAAGCCAGUAUGCUAAACUAAGGACAGCAUUAAAUGAGAUGGAGGAAAAAGGAAUCAUUCGCAAGUCACAUAGUGACUAUGCUUCCCCACUCGUACUAGUUUGGAAAAAGAAUGGAGAUCUCAGAAUCUGCACUGAUUUUAGGUGGUUAAACGCAAGGACUGUCAGGGACGCCUACCCUUUACCACACCAGUCUGAUGUGUUAGCUGCAUUAGGAGCUCACCCAGACUUUGACCGACCUUUCGUUUUGGCUGUCGAUGCAUCUUUCGAUGGAGUGGGAGCUGUAUUGUCGCAGGUUCUGGAGGGUGAAGAGAUUGCCAGACCUGUAGACUUCGCAAGUAGAACUCUGUCUCGCUCACAAAUGAACUAUCCAUCUUACAGAUUAGAGUUCUUUGCCUUAAAGUGGGCUAUCUGCGAAAAGUUUAGCCAUUGGCUGAGAGGAUGGCACUUUACAGCAUGGACCGACAAUAAUCCUCUAACAUAUAUUCUGACAAAACCUCGACUUGAUGCAUGCGAGCAGCGAUGGGUGGCCAAACUUGCUUCUUACAAUUUUGAUCUGAAGUAUGUCCCAGGAACGAAAAAUGUUGUCGCGGAUGCUCUGAGUCGUGAGCCAUUUGUCCAGUCUUGCAUAAGUCAUCGCCUUAUCACUGAACCGUACUUAUCCCUUCUGAAGGAUGUCCGUGGCGUAGUUGACAACACUGUUCAAGGUGCUUUCAAGUACACUAGUAAUCAGCAGGUGGUGCAGAGGGAUGGCAAAGGUUCUUGUGACUCUACCAGUGUUGGACUCUUGCCUUCAGGUUCUUCUGGGAGCCAGGAAGUUUCUGCAGUGUUGGCAGCACACACUACUGGGGGUUUGAGUGAAGUAUUAGGGACAGUGCCAGCCAUCUCACAACCUCAACAGUUUAGUCCUCCUUUGCAACACAGCAAUAUCGUGCUUGAACAGGAAAGAGACAGUGCCUUGUGUCGGGUUUUGUUCUAUAUUGAAAGAUGUCAGAAACCAUCUAAGAAAGAACAAUCAAAGGAAUCCACAAGUGUGCGGAAAUUGUUGAAACACCGUGAUAAACUGGUUGUCUGUAAUGGCGUGCUUUAUAAGGUGAAAAGAGAUCCAAAGUUGAACAAGAAACUCUACCUGUUUGUGGUACCCGUCUCAUUGAAAACGCAAGUUCUCCAUGGAAUCCAUGAUGCCGCAGGACAUCAAGGACGUAGUAGAACACUGUCACUUGCGAGACAACGAUUCUUCUGGAUUGGAAUGAAAAAAGAUAUUGAUGAUUAUGUGAAGAAUUGUCAUCGGUGUGUGGUUGGUAAAACCUCAGAGCCCAAUUCUUGUGCCCCAUUAGGGAGCAUCCGAACAUCAGAACCGCUUGAGUUGGUUUGCAUCGACUUUUGGUCAGCAGAAGUCAAAGAAGGAAAGUCGGUAGACGUACUGGUUGUGACGGAUCAUUUUACAAAAAUGGCCCAUGCAUUUCCAUGCCAAAAUCAGUCAGCCAAACAGGUUGCGAAAAGACUCUGGAAUGACUUCUUUCUGGUCUAUGGAUUCCCCAAAAGAAUUCAUUCUGACCUGGGGGCUAAUUUUGAGAGCAAGCUUAUCAGGGAACUAUUGACCAUGGCAGGUGUAGACAAAUCACACACAACACCAUACCACCCCAUGGGUAACGGCAUUGCUGAGAGGUUCAAUAGGACUCUUGGAAACAUGAUCAGGACAUUGCCUCCUAAAGUUAAAUCAAAAUGGCCACAGAUGCUACAGCAACUUACCUUCUGUUACAACUGCACAGAACAUGAGACAACAGAUGUGGUGGACUACAAAGAUUUUGUGUCCAAGCUGAAGAAAGACUUGCGUGAAGCAGCACACAUUGCAAGGAUGCACACACUGAAAGAACAGGAACGGCAUGGCAGACUUUACAACAGAAAGGUGAAAGGCUGUCCACUGGCUGUUGGAGACAGAGUGUUGGUUGCGAACAGAGGCGAAAAGAGAUACUGGACUCGGCAAGCACUGAUGCUGGGAACCAGCAGAACAGAAAUGAUGCCAAAGGUCAAGGAGGUCAAGACUUUAACUCAACUCAGGGAGAACAAGUCAAGGAUGAAGCUAUCCAUGAUGAGGGGCACCGAAUCUAAGAAAAUUGAACCUCAGGACGUUAUACCUCAGAAGCCUGAACCUGAGAACAUCAUACCUCAGAAGCCUCCACCUCAGAACCUCGAUGACACCAUUUAUCUCCUGGCUGUGACCUCUCAGGCUGUAGGGGGCACAACAGAGACUCUGUGUGUGACGGUCAAUCCCCAUCGCCCCGUUACACUGGUGGUCACUCUGGAGUGCAACCAGAAAAGUGUCAGACUUUUGAGUCAAUGGCUUUUAAUUGGAGAAUUCUACCGCUGCGUCCCGUUCCAGGUCCCUGUGGUAAGUGAGGAAACUGUGGCGUCUGUUAACGUUCAGAUUAAAUGGUUGACCAAAGUGGAGAACAAAGCAACGAAGAUUCUCAUCACACCUCCGUCUCAGCUGACCAUCAUCGAGACCGACAAACCCAUCUACAAACCCGGACAAACAGUAAAAUUCCGCAUCGUCUCUCUGGAUUCCAGUUUCUUCACCUUCAAUCAAGUGUUCCCAACAAUAGAACUGCGGGAUCCGAACUCAAACCGUAUCGGUCAGUGGCUGAACGUCUCCACCAACAGCGGCCUUGUGGAUCUGUCGUAUCCCUUAAACUCUGAGGCCACAAACGGAUUUUAUGCCAUCGCUGUAUGGAGGAACAAUCUGGAAGCGCUCACAGAACAAUUCGAGGUCAAGGACUACGUCCUGCCGACGUUUGAAGUGACGGUCCAGCUUCCUCCAGUCAUAACCGUCCUGGACACGAACGCUACGUUGAAAGUGUGUGCAAAAUAUACAUACGGGAAGCCGGUGAGCGGCGUGGUGAAGGCCACAGUCUGCCAUAACAGUAUCAGCUACUUGUGGUCCAGGCGACCAAGUGCCGGGGCACCGAACAUCUGCCAAAAUUAUACCAUGCAGACGGACAGAUCAGGAUGUGGACAACAAGUUAUAAAUCUGAAGGAAUUUGCGAUAGCGGAUUCAGGCUACGAGAACGUAAUCAACGUUCAGAGCGAAGUGGAAGAACACGGGACUGGUGCCGUUAUGAAGGGUUCAGGAAGCUCUAGUAUAACUAAUAAUAUGGUCAUGCUUUCAUUUGAGGAUUCCCCGACAACAUUUAAGCCUGGAAUGAAGUAUGAAGGAAAGAUUAAAGUGACAGACACAAACUCCAAUCCUGUCAGAAGGAAGUCGGUGUAUAUGACUCUGACUUAUGGGGAUAAUAUAAAUACAAUUAACACGCUGAUUACAGACGACGACGGGAUCGCAAACUUUUCCCUCGACACCGAACCGUGGGGUCUGGAGUCGGUCUCAUUAGAGGCACAUUAUGAACAGACCCAGAGACCCGUACUGUAUAAGGACAAGCGGUUCGUACCCUACUACCCCACUGCCUACCUGUGGCUUCAGCCCUUUUACUCCAAGAGCCAGAGUUUUAUUAACCUGAAGAGCAGCUCGAAGCCUUUCAGCUGUGACACGUCAACUAACGUUGUGGCUGAGUAUCUGAUCCACGACAGAGUAAACCAGAGAAGCUUAACCUUCUUCUACAUGGUGAUGUCCAGAGGACAUUUAGUUCAACAAGGACGUCUUUUGGUGCCCGUCAGUCCAGGACGUCUUUUGAUACCCUCGAUCCGUUCUGUAACAGAGAUCAGUGGCAGAGUGUUUGUGCCCCUAACGAGCAUGGACAAGUUGCCCCCGGUGGCUCAGGUGGUCCUGUACACGCUCCUGUCCAGUGGCGAGGCUGUGGCAGACAGCAUGAACUACCCCGUUCAACCAUGUCUGACUAACAAGGUGUCUCUGAAUUUUAAAUCUUCCUCUGAGCUUCCUGGUGAUGUGACAUCACUGAGCCUGAAAGCUGCUCCAAACUCGCUGUGUUCAGUGAGAGCCAUCGAUAAGAGUCUGCUGCUGCUGGAACCGGAGAAGGAACUCACCAUCGACUCUGUGUUCAACAUGCUGCCUGUCCAGAUGUUAUCAGGAUAUUCCUACAAGAUCUAUGAGGAGGAUUCGAUCCCAUGCCAGAAGGAUUCACCGAUCUUGAUCGAUAAGCGAGUGGAAAGAUCGAUCGGUUAUUUUCCUUACGGAAAAGUCGACGUGUAUAACGUCUUUAGAGAUGUUGGAGUUAAGAUCCUGACCAAUGCUGAUAUCAGAUCGACUCCCGUGUGCCCUGAAUCUUUGCCGUUUGUGAAGUGUGAAAUGUUUUAUAACUUAGAAGUCGUCGUCCCAUCCACAGCUGCUGUCAUGAGGGAACCAGCGCUCAUGAAAAUGGAAAGUGCUUCAAAUUCCGUCCUUCCAAACCAACCGGUCGUUACGAUCCGCAAAUAUUUCCCAGAGACGUGGAUUUGGGAUCUCGUUCCAGUCAGUCAGUCUGGAGUGACAGCCAUUAAUAAAACGGUCCCAGACUCCAUCACUACAUGGCAGGCUGAUGCAUUUUGUACAUCACCUGUGGGGUUUGGAGUCGCCCCGAAAACUGAGCUUAUUGCCUUCCAGCCUUUCUUUGUGAGCCUCACCAUGCCCAGCUCUGUCAUCCGAGGAGAAGUGUUCACACUCAAAGCCACCGUCUUCAACUACCUCCAAAGCUGUAUGAUGGUGAAGGUGUCUGUGGCUAAAUCAAAACAGUUCUCCACAACCCCGUGUAAGAACUGCAGCUACACAUGCUGUCUGUGUGCUGAGGAGAGCUGGACCUUCUCCUGGACCAUCACACCGAAGCUUCUGGGUGAGGUGAGCGUCAGUGUGACGGCGGAGGCCGUGCAGACAUCUGUGCUGUGUGGGAAGGCUGCGGUCACUGUACCACAGAAAGGACGCAUCGAUACGGUCAUUAAGACGCUGCUGGUGCUGGCUGAAGGAACCAAACAAUAUAAAAGCUACAACGUGCUUCUCUGUCCAUCAGGAAGUGCAGUAGAACAGUCAGUCUCAUUAACACUGCCCGAGAUCAUGGUGGAAGGUUCGGCCACUGCGUCCGUCUCUGUACUGGGAGAUCUGAUGGGUCGAGCUCUACAGAACCUGGCGAGUCUCCUGGCGAUGCCUUACGGCUGUGGAGAGCAGAACAUGCUGCGCUUCGCUCCCAACAUCUUCAUCCUGCAGUACCUGGAGAGCACCGACCAACUCACUCCUCAGAUCCUGAGCACAGCUCAGACCUACCUCGUGACCGGAUACCAGAGAGAGCUGACCUACAAACACACUGAUGGAUCUUACAGCGCUUUUGGGAUGAGCGACGCAUCAGGAAACACAUGGCUGACGGCGUUCGUGAUGAAGUCUUUCGGAAAUGCGAAGAGGUACAUCUUCAUAGAUCAGGUGUUUGUGGACCAGGCGAAGUCCUGGCUCGGUCAACAGCAGCAGGCUAACGGAUGCUUUGCCUCAGUGGGACAACUCUUCCAUCUGGACAUGAAGGGAGGAGUGAAUGAUGAGGUGACCCUCACAGCGUACAUCACAGCUGCAAUGCUGGAACUCAACUACACCGUAACAGAUCCUGUGGUGAAUAACGGUCUUACAUGCCUGAGGAACGCGUUCACUCAGGUGAACUCCACCUACACCAAGGCUCUCCUCUUCUACACCUUCACCCUGGCUGGAGAUCACGGGAUGAGGAACACACUCAUCUCAGGCCUGAAUGCAGUGGCCAUAGUCUCAGGUGGUGGACGUCACUGGAGCAGAUCGAGCACUGGAUCAGUGACGGACUCUUUAGAGGUGGAGAUGACCUCGUAUGUGCUUCUGGCUCUGAUGUCUGGACCUGAGCUGCCCGGGUUUGGUCUGGGUUACAGCAUCAGUAUCGUCCGCUGGCUUUCACAGCAGCAGAACUCCUUCGGAGGCUUCGCGUCUACACAGGACACUGUCGUGGCUCUUCAGGCUCUGGCAAAGUACAGCUACGCCACCUACAGUCCAGCAGGAUCUGUAAAUGUUACUAUAACAUCACCAUCAGGGCAGAUUAACUCGUUCACCAUCAAUCAGAGUAACAGACUGCUGUAUCAGGAGCGUGAGCUGCAGGAGGUUCUUGGUGAUUACGACGUUAAAGCAGAAGGGAAAGGCUGUGUGUACGUGCAGUUCACUUUGAGCUACAACAUCCCUCCUCCACCCGACAACUCUUCAUUCAGCAUCUUGGCUUCAGCAUCUGGAAACUGCAGGGUCCCAAAUCCGUCUCUAGAAGUGACCGUAACUGUCAUGUACAACGGUAAACGACCGAACACCAACAUGGUGGUCAUCGAAGUCAAACCUCUUUCGGGAUUCGAGGCAGACGUGACAUCUGUAGCACUCGUGAACGGCGAAUCCAAAUUGGCUGACGGAGCUGUAAAACGUGUGGAUCAAAUCGAGGGCAACGUCAUUAUCUACCUGGAUGGACUGACAAAGGGACAGGAGAAAACGUACACUCUCACCAUCACGGAGGUUGAUUUAGUGAAUCACUUGAAACCGGCCGUCGUGAAGGUUUACGAUUACUACGAGACCAGUGACAUGGCUGUAACUGAUUACUUCUCACCGUGUCCAUUUCAGUGAGAGUCUGAUUGGGAUCUGAGAAGAGCAACAGCAAGAGAUCGUCGUCCCCUUGAACUCGC